UCUCACUUUCUCACUUCCGAGGUGUGUCAAAGAUCUCCAUAUCGCCAUGGAGAUGGGCUGUGUGUGGCUGAGACGCAUCCGCUUCAGGCCCAACUCUCUGCCUUCACCAACCCCUCCGUUUCCCUCAUCUUCAUCUCACAGAGAACCAUCUUCCCUCAUUUUCUCCAAACCACAACAUAAUCUCCUUCUCCUUUUCUCCUCUCCACGUCGCUCGCUCUCGACGGCCACCGCUUCUUCUUCUUCUUCUUCUUCGUCAAGUUCUCUUGCACCGGGCGACCUCGAUUUCGGCUCCGAUAGAGGAAUUAACAGAACUGAAGCUCCAACCAAGUCCUCCAAGCUGCUUCUCAAGGGCAUGACAUACUCCGAACUUGAAAAAUGGGUCCAGUCACAGGGGUUCAGGCCUGGCCAGGCUUUAAUGCUGUGGAAACGCUUGUAUGGGGACAAUAUUUGGGCUCAUCACUGUGAUGAAUUGGAAGGUUUGAAUAAGGAUUUCAAGAAGAUGCUGAGUGAAAAUGCCGAGUUCAAGGCGUUAUCUUUGAAGGAAAUUCUCUCGGCAUUAGAUGGAACUAAGAAGAUUUUGUUCGCGUUGGCAGACGGUUUGGUGAUAGAAACCGUUGUUAUACCUUGCGACAGUGGUCGAACUCGGAAUACCGUUUGUGUUUCGAGCCAAGUGGGUUGCGCCAUGAAUUGCCAGUUCUGCUACACUGGCAGGAUGGGAUUAACGAGACAUCUGACUGCAGCUGAGAUUGUGGAGCAGGCUGUAUAUGCGAGGCGCCUGCUCACCAGUGAAGUCGGUUUCAUUUCGAAUGUUGUGUUUAUGGGAAUGGGAGAACCGCUUCACAACAUUGACAAUGUCAUCAAAGCUGCAGCCAUCAUGGUGCAUGACCAAGGCUUGCAUUUCAGUCCUCGAAAGGUCACUGUGUCAACAAGUGGGCUCGUCCCUCAGCUGAAGCGUUUCCUACGAGAGUCCAACUGUGCUUUAGCUGUUAGUUUGAAUGCCACAACUGAUGAGGUCAGGAACUGGAUUAUGCCAAUCAACGGGAAAUAUAAAUUGGAAGUGCUUCUUCAGACCCUAAGGGAGGAACUUCGCUUCAAGCAGAACUAUAAAGUCCUAUUUGAAUAUGUAAUGCUUGCCGGUGUUAAUGACAGCAUCGAGGACGCAAGGAGGCUUGUAGAUCUUGUUCAGGGUAUUCCGUGCAAAGUCAAUCUGAUCUCAUUCAAUCCCCACAGUGGAUCUCAAUUCAGACCAACCGGUGAAGCAAAGAUGAUAGAGUUUCGAAAUCAUUUGGCUGAAGCAGGAUGCGUUGUAUUCUUGCGGCUUAGUAGAGGUGAUGAUCAGAUGGCUGCCUGCGGUCAGCUUGGCAAGCCUGGUGCUCUUAAGGCUCCCGUACUACGUGUGCCGGAGAAGUUCCGUACAGUCAUCGAACUUUCUGCAUGACUCAUUGGAUAAUUAGGGCAAAAUCGGUCCAUUGUCACCUAAAAUGGAAACCAAAUGUGCCAAUUGUUGGUGAAUUUCUAUCACGGAAUGCUAGCAUGGCAUGCCUAGGAGCUUUCCAA